AUGACACAAAUCUUCAUGUGGCACUUUGCUUUUGGCUCUGAGUGCCAGGGGCGGAAUGAAGAGGAGCGCCUCAUUCACUAUCUGUUCAAAGAGCGCCGCUAUAACAAGGAGCUCCGCCCAGUGCAGAAAAAAGACGAUGUGGUGCCAAUUAGCCUGGGCAUGACGCUCUCAAACCUCAUCUCCCUGAAGGAGAAAGAGGAAACAUUACUGACCAAUGUCUGGAUGGAACAUGGCUGGGAUGACCGCAGGCUAUCAUGGAAUUCAUCAGAGUUUGAUGGGAUAAAUGAGAUCCGUUUACCCUCCAAAAUGGUUUGGCUUCCAGACAUUGUUUUAGAGAACAACAACGAUGGACAGUUUCAGGUGGCAUUCUACAGCAAUGUCAUAGUGCAAUCAAGUGGGUCAAUAUUUUGGCUACCUCCAGCUAUAUUCCGCAGCUCAUGCACCAUCAAUGUGAACUACUUUCCCUUCGACUGGCAGAACUGCUCGCUUAAGUUCAGCUCUCUGACCUACAAUGCUAAGGAGAUAAGCAUGCAUUUGAAAGAAGAUGUAGCAAACAAUUAUACAGUGGAAUGGAUAGUCAUCGAUCCUGCAGCUUUCGCAGAGAAUGGAGAAUGGGAGAUCAUUCAUAAGCCUGCUAAAAGAAACAUACACAGAGACAUACCACAGGAGAGCAACAAGCACCAGGAUAUUACUUUUUAUCUGAUCAUCAAGCGCAAGCCGUUGUUCUACAUCGUCAACAUCAUUAUUCCCUGUGUGCUCAUCUCUUUCAUGGUCUCAUUGGUCUACUUCCUGCCUGCAGACAGUGGUGAGAAGAUGACUCUGUCCAUAUCUGUGCUACUGGCCCAGUCUGUGUUCCUGCUGUUGAUCUCACAGCGUCUGCCCGAAACAUCUGUAGCCAUUCCUUUAAUUGUGAGGUAUCUGGUGUUCGUCAUGGUGCUGGUUACAGUGGUGGUGCUCAACUGUGUCAUCGUACUGAACCUCCACUUCCGCACGCCCAGCACUCACAUCAUGUCUGAGUGGACCAAAGACUUCUUCCUGGUGAGGCUGCCACGCAUGCUGUUCAUGUCCCGUCCUGCUGACGAUGAGCCCAAAUGGGACGGUGCCCUCCAGCGACGCUCCAGCUCUGUGGGCUACAUCGCCAAGGCAGACGAGUACCACUGCGUCAAGUCCCGCAGUGACCUCAUGUUUGAGCGCCAGUCGAAGAGACACGGCCUGGAGACUCGUGUCACACCCUCAAUAUGCAGUCGCAGUGACCACGACAGUGAGACAACACAGCAGUUAUAUGAGCAGAUGAAGCCAGCUGUGAACGGGGCUACUUACAUUGUCAAGCAUAUGCAUGAUAAGCAGGACUACGAUGAGGAGAAGGACAGCUGGAGAUCAAUAGCUCAGGCAGUGGAUCAUCUUUGCUUCUACCUGGUGACUCCAGUCAUGACAAUAGGGACUAUCUUCAUCUUCCUGGCGGGCAUGAUCAAUCACCCUCCCCCACUGCCUUUCGAAGGAGACCUUCAUAACUACCUGGAGGAGAAUAAGCGUCUGCUAAUCUGA